GCCUUUCUCUCUGCGUCCGGGCGAACGGGUGAGUCGUCAAGUAAAUAACGGGGGGGGAGGAACAGCCUGGCCGAAGCCUGCGAAGAUACAAAUAUAUAUUCAUACAGAAGACAACGGACAUUUCAAGAUAACAAAAGUUGUGAGAAUACAGAAACAUGGGACAGGAGGAUCUAAUGAACAAAGCCGAAGACGUGGCAGACCAGUUUCUACGGGUGACCAAACAGUACCUGCCCCACUUGGCACGUCUGUGUCUCAUCAGCACUUUCCUCGAAGACGGGAUCCGCAUGUGGUUCCAGUGGAACGAGCAGAGAGACUACAUCGAGGCGACCUGGAGCUGUGGCUACUUUCUGGCUACGUGCUUUGUGCYGCUUAACCUCGUGGGACAGCUGGGCGGUUGUGUCCUCAUUCUCAGUAGAAAUUUUGUACAGUACGCCUGCUUUGGGUUAUUUGGCAUCAUAGCUCUACAGACUGUCGCAUACAGCAUUUUAUGGGACCUUAAGUUUUUGAUGAGGUAAGCGCUGCUCAGCUGUUUGAAAGUACAUUCAACUGAAAGCAGUGUUCGAUUUGUACURA